AUGCAUGCUGCAUCGUUCUCUUUCAAAGCGCUCCUCCUCCUCCUCCUCCUCCUCCCUCUCCUAUGCUCUAGCACAGCAAACAGCAAAAAUGAUGCCCAGAAUGAGCCCGGCGGUCGCAGAUUGCAGCAGUAUGACGCAUACUCCUCCUCUUCAUCUGUUCUCGCAACUACUACAGCACAAUCUCUCUUUCCAUCAACCACACCCUCACCAUCAGCGCCGUCCGCAUCUCCAGCUGGAGAUAGGAACGUCUGUGGAGAUGGCUUCCUAAGUCCAACUGAGCUGUGUGACGACGGGAACACAAGGAAUGGAGACGGGUGCUCAAGUGACUGCCUAUCCAUCGAACGAGAUCAUCUCUGCUCCUCCUCUGUUCAGGGCAUCAAGCUCAACAUGGCAAAUAGCAUUUACAGCGCAUGCUCUCUUUGUAUGGACAAACCUUAUUCCGACACCGUUACAGAAGAUGAUUUGACAAGGUGCGCAUACUGGCCGAAUCUUGUGCUUGCAGCUGCAAACACCGCACGUGGCAACCAAGUCAUCCUGUCAGCAAUGAUCCCCACAAGCGCGCUGAUGUCGUACAUCAACACCUGGACAGCGACAGAGGUCGUGCCAGGAACUUUCUUCUACAAUCAUCCCACAUACAGUGUUGGUUUCUCUCCAACUGCGGGCAUACAUCUUAAUCCAUACGAUGAUAGUGCGCAGAACUGCUCCGAAAGAUUGAGCUGGCCCAUCGGUCAACCGGGAGGAAGGGCGGGAUGCGCUGGCGAGCUAGACAUGUUUUCAUUGCACAAGCAAGUGUUCGCCUGCCCUGCGACUUGGCUGUGCCCAGAAAAGUCAGCGUGUACCAUCGACGUAUCCUGGGAUACGAUCUUGGAGGAAAAGGGGACAUUCUCUAUCGGCGGUCUGGGAGCGGAGAUGAUCAUUGGGAAGGAGGAGGUGUGGGUUUGCGACAAGGCAAACGCGUGCUCGCCGAACCAUAUGAACGCUCUCUGCUUCAAGUACCAGGAGAGGAACCGAACUUUUAACUCUUGGGGGUUCCAGUCUGAUCUCGGGUUGUAA